UAAUGUUAUUUCCUAUUAAAAAACGUGGCAAAUCUUGUGAUGACAAUUGACAAAUUUCAGGUUCGUGUUGCCUGGAAGGAGAACCGUCAGAAGAAUGAGAAACAGGUGGAACAAGUCGAGGUGGUGGCUCGUCAAAUUCCUGGACGAUCCAGGCCGACGACAAGCCGGAGCAGAGGUUUCGUCGGCAUCGACAAGCCAACGAUACUCUACUCUAGACAAGAGCUAGCUGAAAGAUUGAGACUCGCUUGGAAACAUCGCGAGGAGAACAAAGCUAACAUUAACAUAUUCUUGGCCCACGGGAUUUUGAACGAAAGAUGCGAGUCCGAAAUGUCGACUCAUACUACAGUCACUAAUCCCCCGUCUCCUGUGCGAAAGAUCGAGCAGCCCGCGACCGAAACUCCUUUGAUUAACAAUUUCAAGACAGGGGUUGGCGAAAAGAAGGAAACCGAGAAUCCGACGGCUAGAAAAUCGUCGCAAAACGAUGCAACGGACAUAAAGAAAAACUGUGACGUCUUGCCUGAUUGUAAACGUUCCUCAGAAAUUAGUGCGUUGAAAGAAAUUCAAAUACCUGGAGAGACGAAAAAGAAGGAAAGGCAGAAGACUGAUGAUGAAAAGGGACCAUUGAACGAAAAACUAUCAAGUCCAAAUGCCAGUGAACAUCUUCCCAAGGCAAAGAAGUCUACGGCGACGAGCAACGACUGUUCGAGUGGCUGUGGCGUUCUAUCUACGAUGCUGCCAUCGAUCAAAAUCGAAAACUCGACCCUGGAAGUUGGAAAAGUGUCGAAACAAGAUUUUUCGUCGGCCAAGCAGAAGCGUGCGAGUUUUCGUAGCGGCACCAACCAAGCGUUCCUCGACCCAGUUAGAUCGCCAACGGAGUUCAGAUACGAUUCGGUGUCCGAUAAAAACGUGCCGUAUAAACCGACGAUUGACAACCUUAACGUGAUUACAGAAAAGACUUGUGCGAAUCGAACAGAGAGCGGAGAGAGCAUUCCGAGCGGAAAGAAUCUGAUGGGAAGGAGUUCCGUCGACGAGAAAAACGUGCCGCAAAGAACCGGUGGGAAAUUGUCUUCUACGAUUGAUAAGAAUACGCGCGUCACGAUCGACGACAGAGAUGCAUUAGCAGAUUGCAAAACGAUGACUCAAGCAACUGACAGAGCCGAUCAAUUUGAUUCGGACGUGAAAGAAAGCGAUCGGGCAAUUUACGAUAGAGACGGUGACUCGGUGACUGAAAAAACAGCAGCUUGGAGAAAUUCAUUAAAAACGAGAUGCGAUUUUAUGAACGAGAGGAACGUAUUGUUAAAAAAGCCGACGGAGAUUCAGAGAACGGAUCAGCGACCCCGGAGAACUAACUCCGCACCGCCGCAACGGUGUUUAGAAUCGACUUCGGCUAAUAAUCGCGUAUUAGUUAAUAUCGUGAUCGAUUCAUCCAGUACCUCGGGAAAAAAUAAUGAUCAAGGGGAAAAACUGGUGACAGACUGUACAGAUAACGCGGUGGGAAAAAUUGAUGCAUCCAAGCUGGCGUCGAGCCGGUCUAUGAAAUCGGCACCACUGAAGAGACGAUCUAGAAGCGUGAAACGACGUUUCUGGAGCUGCAAGAAUGACGCAGAUGGAAAAUUGCGGGGCAGAUCGGCGGGACGUGCGAGGAACUCCAUCGACUUUCGAACGAUCGACAUCGUGACGAUGGUGUCCCUUGUCAGUUCCGCGGACAGUGACAGUGAUACCGAGAAUUCGCCAGGCGAUGACAAGCUGAUCGAUGAGCUACGCAGCAAACUGCCUACGACAUCGAUCAUCAAAACGCCAGCUUUGACUUCUGCGAGAAAACCUACGAAGUCAGUCUCUUUUCAGAAGGACUCGUUCGACGAUGACUCGGUGAAAGAGCAACCCUUGCCGAAGGAAGAGAAAAAAAGGACAACGACACAACAAUCGCGACUGGCGAUCGUUAACCAACGUGGAAACGAAAUAAUCGUGACGAGUGAGGAAACGGUCUCGUGGAGAACAGACGUGGGUAGUGAAGCUUUGCCUGUUCUGGCAUUAAUUCACGAUACCGAAGAGCCGCUCGAUGUGCCGUUGACUGAUCGCGAAAAGAGAUGCCUGGCCGUACCUAUCGGUGAUUCACACGAUAAAAAACGGAAGCUACUGAAAACGCGUAACACAACGUCGCGGCCUGUCGCAGAGACGCAAGCCUCGUCGCAGAAGAUAAAAAUACAAGAAUCGUCCAGAAAUAUUUUACAAAAAAUGGAAAUUCCUAUGCAACAGAAUAAAGCAUCCGCAAACAAUUCACCUAUAAAUGUGAAAUCUAAGUUCGUAUCACUGUCGAAGGAAAGCGUACAACCCGAACAAUCAGUGUCCAAUGAGCCGCAUCUUCAAACUAAUAAGGAGAAGGAAUGUUGGCAUCUUUACAGAAAAAUGUGUGAUAAAGGCGUUUGCGUUUCCUUUGACACAGUUCUAAGAGGUAUGCUUACACCGACGGAAUAUCGAUUAAGACAGAAGGAACUAUCACAAAAUUUGUAACAAAGUCGAUGGUAGCUUUCAUCUCUUACGCACAAAGCGAUCUCAACUUGUAUUCACUUAAUUGACAAGCUAAUAGAAUCAGCUCGUCAAUUGUAUUUUUAGAAUUUAGAUAGAUUUGUGAGAAGACUAAGAUUCCGGUGAAUAAGACGCUCGAAUUAGUUCCUUCAGAUUUUAGAUGUAUAUACAUGCGCACUAACUGCCUAUUUUUUAGAAUACUUAUUUCAUAUGUAAAUAUAUAUGAAAGCAGUAUUUUAGAAACUAAAAAUAUAUUUAGAUUUGUGAAUCAAUUGUUAAUACAGAUCGUGACAGGAUUACAUAUAACAUAAUUUGAAGUACAUGUGUGAAUGUAGACGUUUCUACUGUUCAGUUUUGAAACAGUGUUAAUUAUUAGAUAUACGUAUCAUAACGUUUUUUAUAAUAUUUGUAAUCUCUUUAUUUGUAUGACGAUGUAUAGCUAAAUAAAAUAUUUAAAUAAUUGUUA